AUGUCAUGGAAAGAAACAGAUCCUGUGGCGUUGUGGAAGACAUCAAGUGUCAUUCCCAACACGCCUGAAGUUAAUGUUUUUGAUAAAGGGUAAGUUGCUUGUUUCUUUUAUUCUAAAAUGUUUAGGCAGCCAAAUUUUGACAUCCAAAAAACAAGAUUAUGGAAGAGUUUGCGAGAAAUGAGUAGUACAGACCAAGUGGAUUACAUGCAAAAAGUGAUUAAGAAUUGGCCAUACAGGUCGGAGAGAUGGGCUAUGGAAAUGGCUCAGCAUCCUGUAAUUUUUGGCUCGGCGCUCUCAAGUUUUUAUAUAAGUAAGUGUUUAGUUCUGUUUUAUGAUUUUAGAAGAAAUUGCGGGUGAAUACAGCUUUUUACAAGUUUCCGGGAGCUUUUUAUAUUAUAGUAGAUGGAAUAAUUGAUAUUACUACAAUUUUGAUCAUAACUUUUUUUCAAAAUUAGCCAGAAGCUAGAAACUUUUAGUAAACGUAGAUUAUCUAUUUUGCAAACUACAAAAUGAAAGAAAUGAAGCAAUUUUGUAUAUUUCAAAAGUAAUACAUAAUUAUAGUGUCAUAUAAAAACCCAUGAAUUUUAGCCAACAGAGUUGCGGCCAAUAUCUUCCUCAAUAAACCUAAAGCUGGUAUUUUGGAAACAAUGCGAACAACUUCAAAAGCUCCUUUAUUUGUGAUGUUUUACGCUUCUGCUUUUAUGUCUUAUGGAUUCUGGGAGGUGUUGGUCAGGAGCAAGUUCAUGGAUACGCAGAAGCCUUGUGCAAGUUGUUUGUUGUCAACUGGUGUAACGAUUAGUGUAUGUACUGGUACAUUGUUUCCUUUGAUUGGAUCUCCAAUAUUGUGUUAUGGAAUUGUGAGUUUUUUUUUGGUUUUUAUGAUAACUUUAACUAAAUUUGAAUGAUAAUGGAAAUGAUAAAUUUAAGGUUUGAAAUCUUUUGUUUAUGCUAUUUUUAAGUGCUUAGUUGGACAAGAUAUGUGUACAGGGUGUCCCAAGAUUUUUGCGGAAAAGUAAAAGCUUCGUUUUCUUCUCGAAAAGUACCAGUCCAAAUUGGACGAUUAUUUUUUUGGUACACUUGAAAUUGCGGGCGGAUUUGGUAUUUGUACUUCGUUUUUUGAUAUUCGGCGGACACCGGCGGUGGCUAAUUUGUUGCUUUGACCAAUCCAAAACGUAGAUUUUCGGCUCCUAUGACAUCCUCUGAUUCGUCAAAAUUACAAUCAAAAAGUGUUUUUCUCUGCGUCGGCGGACGAUUGGGGGAGAAAACCGGCGAAGGCCAUAACUCCGCUCAAACUCAUUUUUUCACUGGACAAAAAUGAAAGGUAUUCUUUUGAGAUUUUUAACCAUUUUAACUAUUUUUGAAACUUAAAAAAGUAUUUUUUUAAAUUGGCGGACGAUCGGCGGAGAAAAUCGGCGUAGUCCAUAUCGUAGUCAAUUUUUAAGAUUUUUUAACCGGACAAAAACUGAGGGUAUUCUUUUGAGUUUAUCAAACAUUUUAUUGAUUCUUUAAACUUAAACGUUAUUUUUCUGAGAUUGGCGGACAGUCGGCGGAUAACAUUUGCAAAGGUCAUAUUUUGGCCAGUUUUUAAUAUCUUUCCCCCGGACAACAACUAAACGUGUUCUUUAGGGUUUUAUACCUAUCUCAAACACAUUUUAAUUUUACAAAAUUAACUAGCGGCAACUGGCGGAGAAAAUCGGCGAAGGCUAUAACUCGUCUGAUUUUCAAUAUUUAACUUUUGAAUUUGCAAUAUUUUGGUAGAGAAGAACCUUAGGAUGUCAAUAUUUUUGCUCUCAGAAAAAAAUAUUAAAAAUUGACCGAGUUAUUGCCGAUUUUCUCCGCCAAUCGUCCGCCGAUUUUUUUAAAAUUUAUAAUUUGAUAAAAAUGGUUAAAAAACUAAGAAUACCCUCAGUUUUUGUCCGGUUAAAAAGUAUUGAAAAUUGACUACGAUAUGGCCUACGCCGAUUUUCUCCGCCGAUCGUCCGCCAAUUUAAAAAAACACUUUUUUAAGUUUCAAAAAUGGUUAAAAAACUCAAAAAAAUACCUUUCAUUUUUGUCCGGUGAAAAAAUAUUGUUUGAGCGGAGUUAUGGCCUUCGCCGUUUUUCUCCGCCAAUCGUCCGCCGACGCAGAGAAAAACACUUUUUGAUUGUAAAACAUUUUGACGAAUCAGAGGAUGUCAUAGGAGCCGAAAAGCUAGGUUUUGGAUUGGUCAAAGCAACAAAUUAGCCACCGCCGGUCUCCGCCGACCGUCCGCCGAAUAUCAAAAAACGAAGUACAAAUGCCAAAUCCGCCCGCAAUUUCAAGUGUACUAAAAAAAGAAUCGUCCAAUUUGGACUGGUACUUUUUGAGAACGAAGCUUUUACUUUUCCGCAAAAAUCUUGGGACACCCUGUAGAAGUUGUUCUGAAGCAGAAUAUAGAUGUUUAAAGAGUUAAAAUUACUUUUUUGGUAAAAUGAACACCAAAAAGGCCUUUGAUCUCGGGCGGGCUCGAACCGCCGGCCUUCUGCGUGUUAGACAGAUGUGAUAACCACUACACCACGAGAUCACGGCUGUUCGCUUUUUUGUUUUUUACUUCUUUCGAUCGGAAUUUGCCUUGGAAACGUGUUUUUGUUGAACAAAGAUAAAAACUUUUUCAGCGUUUUUACUGUGUAUUAUUUUUUUGAAUUUGAAAAGAUUGUAGUGCAAAAUAUAUAAUAGUUGUCUUCUUUUUUUAAAUUUUAGAAAAAUUUUAACUUUAAAUGUUUUCAGCUGCUGAGACAACUUGGAGAUGACUCUAAAUAUGCAAGCAGGAACUUGUUUGAAGCAUUUGCUCUAUGUAACGAGUUUACCAAGUACGUGAAGCCUAAAAUGCCAUUUUUGAUUGCUCUACAAGCUGGUUUAGCCGCAACUGCUAUUUAUGCUCAUGACUGGGCGAACCAAAAGUAAGUUUUAAGGUUUAGUUUAGUAUUUUAUAAACCUUUGGUAUAUUAUCUAUAAAAUUUAAUAAUAUAACGUGCUUAAAAUAAAAUUUUUAACUAAGGAUUAUUUUUUUGAAUAUUCUCUUUCAGAAUUUUCAACACCUUCGACGUCGACCCAGAAAUUGUCACUGAAGCCGUAAACUACGAGGAGCCGUACAGCAAAUGGAAAUCCGGGUUGGAUACAGUAAUACACACUUUACAAAAGCCGAUCUGA